GCCUCCAAAGUUACACAGAUCCCAACACAAACACAAGUCUCAACAGUUACAAAAUGAAACAAUCUGGCCGUUAUCUUUUCCUCUCCGUCCUGCUCCUCCCUCUCCUGGCGGCCGCCGCCGUCUUGCUGGGCGGGUGGAGCCCCAUAGAGGACCCCAAGGACCAGCACGUGGUGGAGAUCGGGCAGUUCGCGGUGAGCGAAUACAACAAACAGUCAAAGGCCCAGUUGAAAUUCGAGCAGGUGGUGAAGGGGGAGACCCAGGUGGUUUCCGGCACCAAUUAUCGGCUGGUGGUGGCGGCGAAAGACGGGAGUGCGACGAACAAUUACGAGGCUGUGGUGUGGGAGAAGCCGUGGUUGCACUACAAGAACCUCACCUCGUUUAAGCCUGUGAAAAAGAUGCCUUGAACUGAUCUGUGCGUGCAUUUAAUGUAAUGUAAGAAAUUAAAAAAAUGUUAUGGAUAUGUAAUAGUUUUAUCAAAAUAUAUGUGAUCAGAAUAAACGUUUCAAACUUUUCA